CUUGCUCACACACACACACACACACAUACAUACUGGUGUUUUGGUGGUGGAGCACAUCAACCGGACAACAAAGGGACACACACACACACACACACACACACACCACAGUGGGGGGCUCACUGCAGCCAGGACCGGAUCAGACUUUACCACCAUCCAGUCUCAGCGACAAGCUAGAGCUGAACUCUGUUUUCUUAUCUAUAGGGAAAUAAAUCAUCAGUCAGGCUGGAGGUCACCGUCACAGAAGCGUUAAUCGCUCGUGUGGACACUACAGCCGUAGUUGUGAGCCUCGGCAGCGAGAUGGAGAUGGAGCAUUUCGACGACCGGGACAGAGGUCAGAGGCACGGCCGCUCCAGCGCCAAGAUGAACGGGGUGCCGAGUCCCACGCACAGCGCCCACUGCAGCCUGUAUCGGACCCGGACCCUGAAGACUCUGAGCGCGGAGAAGAGAGCCAAGAAGGUCCGCUUCUACCGCAACGGAGACCGGUACUUCAACGGGAUAGUGUACGCCAUAUCCACGGACAGGUUCCGGACCUUUGACGCCCUGCUGGCGGACCUGACCCGCUCCCUGUCCGACAACGUCAACCUGCCACAGGGCGUCCGGACUAUCUACACCCUGGAUGGCUCCAGGAAGAUCACCAGUAUUGACCAGCUGGUAGAGGGUGACAGCUACAUAUGCAGCUCCAUUGAAGCUUACAAAAAGCUGGAUUACACAAAAAACGUGAACCCCAACUGGUCGGUGAACGUCAAGGCUUCGGCGGCGUCCUCCCGUGGCCCUCCCUCCCUGGGCAGCGCCAAGGCCGGCGGUCCAGAGAGCCGUGAGAACAAGGACUUCAUACGUCCGAAGCUUGUGACGGUGGUGCGGAGCGGAGUGAAGCCCCGCAAAGCUGUGAGGAUCCUGCUGAACAAGAAAACGGCCCACUCCUACGAGCAAGUCCUGACCGACAUCACUGACGCCAUCAAGCUCGACUCUGGGGUGGUGAAGAAGAUCUACACGCUGGAAGGCAAACUGGUGUCAUGUCUGCAAGACUUCUUUGGAGAUGAGGACAUUUUUGUCGCGUGUGGACCGGAGAAGUUCCGCUACCAGGAUGACUUGAUGCUGGAUGAGAGUGAGUGUCGUAUGAUGAAGUCGGUGACCUAUGGAAAGAUGUCUGGCUCUCUGAGCCGAAGCUCCCCCAGGACCGUCAUCCAACCACGACGCAGCAAGUCCCCUGCAUCCGUGAACGGGACGCCGGCCAGUCAGCUGUCCACUCCUCAUUCGGGAAAAUCUCCCAGCCCCUCCCCGACCAGCCCGGGCAGCCUCAGCCAACGCCGGGGGUCCCAGGGCUCUUCCACCUCUCUGUCUUCCGCUAAAGUUUCCAUCUCGGUGGAAGAUGGGGAUGGACUCAUUACUGAAGCUGAGGUUCUAGUCGACGAGGUUCCAGCUGUGCCGUCCUACAUAUCAGACCGCUACAAGGUGGGACGCAUGCUAGGUGAUGGCAAUUUCGCAGUCGUUCGAGAGUGUGUGGAGCACUCCACAGGACGAGAAUACGCUCUGAAGAUCAUCAACAAGGGCAAAUGCAGAGGCAAGGAGCACAUGAUACAGAAUGAGGUGGCCAUCCUGCGUAGGGUCAAACAUCCAAAUAUUGUCCUGCUCAUAGAGGAGGUGGACACUUACAACGAACUCUACCUGGUCAUGGAGCUGGUGAAGGGCGGAGAUCUGUUCGAUGCCAUCACUUCUGCCAACAGAUACACAGAGAGAGACGCCAGUGGCAUGCUCUACAAUCUGGCCAACGCCAUCAAAUACCUCCACAGCCUCAACAUUGUGCACAGAGACAUCAAACCAGAAAACCUGCUGGUGUAUGAGCAUGCAGACGGCAGCAAGAGCCUGAAACUGGGAGACUUUGGUUUGGCAACUGUGGUGGACGGACCUCUCUACACUGUCUGCGGGACCCCGACAUAUGUAGCACCUGAAAUCAUCGCAGAAACAGGGUAUGGCCUUAAGGUGGACAUCUGGGCAGCUGGAGUCAUCACCUACAUCCUGCUGUGUGGUUUCCCACCCUUUCGAGGGAGCAGUGACGACCAAGAAGUACUUUUUGAUCAAAUACUAAUGGGACAACUAGAGUUUCCUCUACCAUACUGGGACAAUGUGUCAGAGACAGCCAAGGAGCUGAUCCGAUCUAUGUUGGAGGUGGAGGUGGAUCAGAGAUACUCAGCCCUCCAGGUGCUAGAGCACCCUUGGGUCACGGAUGAGGGUCUAUGUGAGAAUGAUCAUCAGUUGUCAGUAGCAGGGAAGAUAAAGAAGCACUUCAACACCAGUCCGAAGGUCAACGACACCACUGCAGGAGUGUCAGUCAUUUCUUUGGAUGACAGCUUUUCUAUGCAGAGAUCUGGGUCGUUGGAUUUCUACCAGCACCCGGCCAUGUACUGGAUAAGGCCACCCCUCUUGAUAAGGAGGGGCAGGUUCUCAGACGAGGAUGCCACCCGGAUGUGAAGCCACUGCCUUUGCAGACGAUGCCGACGGCAACAACAGUAACAACAUCAACAACAGAAACACUACGGGCGGAGCCUCCCUGUUGCCUCCCUGGCCUGCCCACGGCCCCUCCCUCUCUGACCCCUGACACUUGCUCUGACCCUUCCCCAAGCCCCAGCCUCCCAUCUGACUCUGAUGACAUCUCCAUCAGCUCAGCCAGCACCGUCUGCUCCCCCAACUCGCCCUUCUAGAGAGGAGGCGGAGGGGAGGAGGGGGAGGAGGAGGAUAAGGUGUGCAGAGGAGGAAGAAGAGGAAUCAAGGAGAAGGAAAUCCUCAUCCAGCUCCUCCCUCUAUGUGGAGGAGGAGGAAGAGGAGACGUCAGCUUCCCCACAUUCUCUCAUCUAAGGCUGGGGGUGAAUAGGGGAAAACUGUGGAGGGAAAAACAAAAAAAAAUCAGAGAGAACUUUUACCUUCCCUGAAUCCAUCUUUCCAAACCCAGGGGGAGAGAUUGAUCAGGGGACAGAAGAAAAAGAUGGCAGAGAGAGACUUCAGGAGGCAACAAGAAACAGGGAUCGCGAGGAAGAGGGAAAAGGCAGAAUGAGGUGAAAGACUUUUGUUUAUUUAUUUUUAACGUUCUCUCAUCUGAGCACAUGUUACAGGGCUCAAGGAGCGAGAAAGGGCGACAACAUAUUGUUUACCCUUCAGUGAUGAUCCGGGCUCAACAUGGAAACUUCCUUAUGAUGGAGCAGCUCUACAAGGCAAUAUGAGAAUAUGGACCAAUGUUCAUGUUUUAUUGAACCUUAUUUAUCCAUUCUUUAUUCACUGCAUUUUUUGAUAUGUAUUUCCCUUUUUCCAUAAAGGAUAAGGAUUUUGUUGACUUGUCCUAUAGAGCUUGGUGGAAUGAAAAUAAUGGAAAAGUGUUUAGAUGUAGAGCUCAGUUGUGAAGUAGGCGACCGUAGACUUGAUGAACAGCGUAAUGUUGGAAAAUGAGAGGUGAAGUUUGUACAGAAGAGACUUUUUCUUACAAAAUGUGUUAAAAACAGUGUUGAUAAUGACAGAAACAGAUCAAAGACAGCACUUGUGCUAUAAUUCUGUGCUACACACAGUAUUGGCGUUGCCUUCCUGUAAUGUUGGAUUGCAGUAUUACAGUUUACAUUUUACACUGCUAUUAAGAUAAUAAUGGUGCAUUGGAUCACUCCUUGUAAUUUUGUUAACUGCUACAUUCAUGACAUUUUAAUACACAAAUUCAGCAGCAUUUGGGUGCUUGUGUAGCAAACUCAACUUUUGAACCAUUUUUCCUCAAUGCACACAUUUUCACAAUCGUCCUGUAUUCAUAUUAAUUUUGUUUUGUGACACUCAUGUACACAUAUGAAGCCUUGUUUACAUUUUUUUUUGCCCAAAACUAAAGGCAUAUUUCAUCCACAUAUUAUGUGGAAUAUUAUUCCAGCAGUAAAGGAAAGUGUAGUUGUUGCAACCCCGGUUGUACCACGUGUAUGGGUUUGGAGAAAUGUUUCAGAUAGUAAAUGUACACAUUGAACAGUUUUAUGAGGGCUGCCUAUUUGCACAAAGUACUGCAGUUUAAGUGCAGUCAAACAGGUCUGAGAGAAAGUCAGUACAGAUGCCAGAGAACCAGCAGCACUCUUAGAAAGCAGUACAGUUACAAGGAUUUAUUUCAGCUCUGUACAACCUCAUUCAUGGCUUCAUUUAUUCAGAUGAAAGCAUGACAGACAUACAGUAGCCUAUUCUUAUAAAAAAAACAAAAAAACAAAACAGUUUAGUGAUGAAGUAUUGUUUAUAUGUUAUGUAAAUAACAUAAUUUUAUUUAUUUUGAUAGUUCACAAUACAGUAUAUUUCUUUACUAGUAGUAAGUCUAUGAAAACUGUUUAAAAAAAUCUAUCAUACAUGUGUGUCAGCAAAGAAAAAAAGUAUCUAGAGGAGAUCAUCACAGUUGUUUGGAAGAGGUACAUUUUGACCUGACCACUUAGAUGAGUCUACAGACAAGACACCAGGAAUGAUGUCACUUCCUCUGCACAAGCAACCAGUAAAGGGAUUUCCAGUAACUGAUGUGAGAUUUAAAAAAAGAGAGAGGAGAAGCCAGGGAAACAGAGAGGAAUGUAGAGCGAGUUCAGUUUUUCGCAGAUGAUCUCCCUGCAGUCGUCACACUUCUGUCUGUGAGUUCCUGUAUUUAUUCCCAUCAUCACACAUAUACAGUAAUGUGCCGCCAUAUUGACCAAAUCAGUAUGAAUUUGUUGUGCUGUUGAAAUACACCCUCUCCAGCACAUGGGCACAUGUGGUUUACCAAAGUGCUCUCACAGCUGCACCACAGUAUUACAAUCUGUUGCAAUACCAAUACCUGUACCUCUGUUCAACAAUGGUCUAUCAAUAAUAAUAGUAAUAAUUAAAAUAUGUUUCAAAAACAAA